AUGCCCACCCAGCUGGAGAUGGCCAUGGACACGAUGAUUCGGAUCUUCCACCGCUACUCUUGCAAAGAGGGGGACAGGUUCAAGCUGAACAAAGGGGAACUGAAGAUGUUAUUACAGCGGGAGCUCACAGAAUUCCUCACGUGCCAAAAGGACCCCCAGUUGGUGGAUAAGAUAAUGCAGGACCUGGACGCCAACAAGGACAACGAAGUGGAUUUUAAUGAAUUUGUGGUCAUGGUGGCGGCUCUGACUGUUGCUUGUAACGAUUACUUUGUGGAGCAGCUGAAGAAGAAAGACAAGCAGGCUGACGCAAGACAGAAAUAG